AUGAGGCCGCAAUUCGAGUUGCCGCGCCGACUGGCAACCGUCGCUCCGAGGCGGUUCCAAACCACUAAGCCUGUGCGCCGGAAACGCGAGUUGCCCGUCGAAGAGGCCUCGUUUGAUCGCAACCCUGAUGCGUCCAAGGCCAGCAUCCAGCGGCAGCCCUACAAGGUCUCAGCCCUCGGUGCCGAGAUCCCAGACGACAUCCCCCAGGUACCACUGCACAUUGACCAGAUCGAGUCGCGUAGGUUACGAUGGUACAUGCGUACCAUGAACGAGGACAAAAUGACUCCCGAAGAUGAAGACCGCCUCGCCCGUGCUAUGGAGCGUACUGUCAAGCCUUCUCGACCACAAAUCGCGUUCAAGGCCGAAGACGCCGGUGCCAGCGUAGAGCGUAAAGAUUUCUUUGCUAUCCCCGGCGAGGACGGUUACAACUCGGGCGCGAUCAGCGCUGGCGAGAUCACUCCGGGCCUCGAGCCUGGGCGUGUCGUCGAGAUUCGUCGUGAGGCGGGCAACUACGUCGGAGUCAUCCUUGCUCCAAUUACAGUGGCACUCAAGGAGCGUCUGCUGUUGUUGCAGAGUACGGGCGAGAUCUGGCCCGUGGGCGUCAACGACAUCCAGUUUGUCAUGCCCAAAUCGCUCAUCCCCGAAGAAGUGAGCUCCAAGGCCUGGCACCCCGACCUCCUCCAAAUGUGGAAGUCUGGGGAUGACAUUGGAUCCGGAGAGUUCGACGAGAGCAGCAUCAUCGGCGCAGAGGAGGCGGGUGAGAUGCUGGCGGCUCGGCGCAAGAUUGCGACCGUCCUCCGUCGUGUCUUGCGUGAAACGGAGAGAAUGCAGGGCCGCCUGUUGAGUGGCUCGGUCGAUUCGGGACGCGGAGGCGGCAUGGACGCACUCUGGGAGGGUCUUGUACCCGCGGACCCGAACACGCGUGGAUCGAUCUCGGCGGCGGCCGCCGCCGAGUUCCUUCUCAACCGCUCAGAGGCCCAGGCCGAGGACGGCGAGAACCGGAUCACCGUCCGGCCCGGGACUCUGCCGGCGUACGCGGCGCACAGGAUGCUCAUGGACCGUCCGGAUCUGUUCCUCGGAGCCGACAUCAGCAUGUGGGAGGAGCAGACGUUCCUCGUGCGCUCUCGUGCCGACGUCGAGCUCCAUAAUCGCGUGGAACGGUGGGUGACGACGCAGGAUCCCAUCUUCCUUAACUUUGUGGACAAGGCCCAGAAAGUACGCGCAGCGAUCAAGGCGGGCGGUGAGCUACCCGAAUGGACCGAGGACGAGCGCGACAUUUUGUAUACCCUGACGAUGGCGCUGUUUGAACGGCGUGGAACACAGCAACCCCACAAUGUCACCUUGGCGUGUAGCAUCGCCAAGUGGUUCUCGUCGGACGUCAAUGACAUCAUGUCCCUCGGAUUCAUGGGGCCGCUUCUGAACGAACUCGGCGUCCUGCCCACAUAUGACUCGGCCAUGCCGAACAAGUUGAUCGAGAGCGCAUCGCGUUCGGCCAGCAUGGCCGGUUUCGUCAUGCCGACCGAGUUUGGCGAGACGGCGAAAGAACCCGUAGCUGCGGACGCUGCGCUCGACGCCCUGCGUCAAGAGUUCUCGCACCGUGUGUACGUCAUCGACGACCCAACCGCGCUCGAGCUCGAUGACGGCAUCGCCCUUGAGCCCGCUGGCGGCGACCAGUACUGGGUGCACAUGUACGUAGCAGAUCCAACUCGCUUCAUCGAGCGAGAGGGGAUGCUCUCCAAGGCAGCGAGCGUUCUAGGCACCGCCCACUACCUCCACGAGGGAACGGUGCCGUUGCUCCCACCCUCGCUGGCAGGCGGCAAACUGUCGCUCGGUGCGGCCGAUGGACAGCCGACAAUGGUCUUUUCGGCCAAGGUGGACACACAGGGAACGGUGCAUGACUGGAAGGUCGGAAUGGGGUUCACGAAGAACACGGUGGUGACGACGUACGACGCCGUCAACGACGCGCUGGGCAUCGAGCCUGUGAAGAAGACGUACCCCUUCGGCAAACUGCGGGACGACUUGAUCGUGCGCCCGCCGUUGCGCGCGCUGGACACUCUCGAGGCGGGGCACAACACUGAGCUCCAGACACUCAUGCAGCUCUCGCUCGCGUUGCGUGCUGUGCGCUACAAGGAUGCGGGUUUCGAGUGGGUAGGCUCGACCCCCAGUGUGGGUGUUUACAAUAUCGGUCCGGUCCCGACCAAUCUGCACGACCGAGAAAAGUUCCCCGCCGCCCCGCGCGCGAGUCCGGCCCUCGACAAGGUGCAGCUCAGCUAUGAGGUGGUGCAGAGGCCGUUAGCCACCAGCGCAACGACCAUGGUCACCGAGUUCAUGGUGCUCGCGAACCAGAUCGCGGCGUGGUUCUGUGACGAGCACAACCUUGCGGCCGCGUUCCGCGGCUCUGGCCUCGUCACCAACACCAAUGCAACGCCACCAGAGUUGACAGUGGAAAAGCUCCUUGCGCAGCGUACGCCUGGCACCGGCUAUGUGGGAAUGGACCAGGCCAAGAUUGGGUCUCUUCUUUUCCCAACGACGCAGCUUUCCCCGACCCCUAUCCCGCAUUGGCUUAUGGGCCUUAGCGCGAGCAAGGGAUACAUGUGGGCAACGUCGCCGCUGCGACGAUACGACGACAUGCUCGCGCACUGGCAGAUCAAGGGUGCGCUUGCGGCAGCCGCCGGCGUCAGUGGAGGAGAGGGCGUGCUCUUCAAAGAGGCGAUUUGGCCGCUCAUCAAGCGUACCUCGUAUGGCCAGCAGCGUGGACGCACCGCCCAGCGCACGGACAACCGGUAUUUUACCAGUCUGCUGUUCGAGCAGCGCGCUUCGGGGCCCUUGCCAGAGGGAUACGAGGUCGACCCAGCCGAGGCGGUCGACCUCCACGCCCCGAUGGACGCUACGGUAACGAGCCGCCCAUACUACGCCACCUAUCAAGAUAACGGGCCGUACUUUGUCGACAUUAGCGUGCCUACACUCGGAUUGGUGUCCAGCGUUGGCUUUGGGACACAGGCCGAGGCCCAGCGCCGAGCACCCAUCGGCGCGACCAUCAAGGUCGUGUUCCACCAGACUGCAAUCUGGCCGCUGCCCCGCAUUUCCAUGAAGAACGCAGCUUAA